AUGCCCCCGGUCAUCUCUGGACGCGUCGUCAAGCCAGGCGCGAAAGCAGCCGCAUCACAGUCCAAAGCCAAAUCCAAACCCAAGCCUAGAACUAAGGAGGAGCAUGUAGAGCGAAGAAAGGCGAAGGCAGCUGAAGAUCGACGCGAGUGGGAGACUCAAUAUCUUCAAGGAAAACCUGCAGAAUACUUUGCUGGGUACGACCGUGAAAUCGUGUCUAGUACUCUACCUCCCAUUCAUGUUAUCUCGCCCUUUGAGGGAUAUGGGAGAAUUCGGACCACAGCGGAAAAGGAUGAACCUGGGUGGGACUUCUUUCGUUUCACAAGAGGCGUUCAGUCGGAUCCAGAUUAUUACCUGUUUGUUGUUCCUCACCAGCACAUUGAACGGAUCAUUGUCAUACCCGAGGGAAAGGUAAACCCAUCAAAGUAUACCGUUGUGAUUGUUCCAACUGCUGCGACCGGCUCCUCCGCAGUGACCAAGAAGUAUCCCAAGAUCAUUAGAUUCGAGAUGCUCGACACGGUCAUCCGAACGACGGAAUUACCAAAGGACUCGAAAGGCUACCCGACAUUCAAAGAUCACCUCCAAAAUCCCGAAGAGCAGCAGGUUAUCUUCAAGGCCCAGGUACACGACCAGAGCCAGCCGAUGAUGUUUAAAUGUCUAGCCAAUCUCGACAAAGUGGAAGACAGCUACGUAGAAAGGAGCGAAGGCUCGUUGUACUUCCUACCCAAGGGUAUCCUGUGGCUAGGGGAGAGUACGCUCUACUUCCCCGUUUCCUCCAUCAACAUGGCCAUGCUCCUAUUCUCCAAAGAAUCGACACGUGGAGUCGGAGCUCCCGGAUACCAGACAGUGGCGAUGGGCUUCAUGAUAAAAGCAAAAGAGCCGUAUUACGAGGGAGAAGAGCCUCCAAGGCCACCGUUCCUGUACUUCAAGGACAUUCAGAACUAUUCUGUGAUGAGGCAAUGCAUCGAGAGAUAUUGUGAGGCGCAUAGCAUGGGUAUGAGAUUGACGGAACAGUUGUUUUACAGCUACAAGAACAACAGUCCCAUGACGGGCUGGUCCAAUUUGAAGGAGGACGAGUAG